CCAAACUUAACAAAUCAAACACAUUAAAAGAGAAAAGAAAGAGAAAAAAAAAGGAGCAAACAUUUCUAUUCCCUUAUCCCCAAUUUCAUUCCAUUACCCAAAAAUUAUUAUUUAAAAAAUUCCCAUUCUGUCACAUUUUCAUACCUUUAAAAUCCCACACUCCUCUUUCAGAAACUCAUCUCGUUCCAAAAUUAAAAAUAUGGUUUCUUCAUCUCAAAAGAUACUGGUUACCGGUGGUGCCGGUUUCAUCGGUACUCACACCGUUGUUCAGCUUCUCAAAGGUGGAUUUCAUGUUUCCAUCAUUGAUAAUUUCGAUAAUUCAGUUAUGGAAGCCGUGCACCGUGUUCGUGAACUUGUUGGUCCUCAACUUUCUCAGAACCUCGAUUUCACCUUGGGCGAUCUUAGGAAUAAGGAUGAUUUGGAGAAACUCUUCUCAAAAACUAAAUUCGAUGCCGUGAUUCACUUUGCUGGCUUAAAAGCAGUUGGUGAAAGUGUUGCAAAUCCACGUCGAUAUUUCGAUAAUAAUCUUGUUGGAACUAUCAAUCUUUAUGAAGUUAUGGCCAAGUAUAAUUGUAAAAAGAUGGUUUUCUCAUCAUCUGCAACUGUUUAUGGCCAACCUGAAAAGAUACCUUGUGUGGAGGAUUUCAAGCUACAAGCCAUGAAUCCAUAUGGACGGACCAAGCUUUUCCUCGAAGAAAUUGCGAGAGAUAUUCAGAUAGCUGAGCCAGAAUGGAGGAUCAUUUUACUAAGAUACUUCAAUCCAGUUGGGGCCCAUGAAAGUGGUAAACUUGGUGAAGAUCCCAGGGGAAUCCCAAACAAUCUCAUGCCUUAUAUACAGCAAGUAGCUGUUGGAAGAUUACCUGAGCUCAAUGUAUACGGUCAUGAUUAUCCUACCAGGGAUGGCUCCGCGAUACGGGACUAUAUCCAUGUUAUGGACUUAGCAGAUGGUCACAUUGCUGCCCUGAGAAAGCUUUUCACAACGGAAAACAUAGGUUGCACUGCUUACAACUUGGGAACUGGUCGUGGUACGUCUGUGCUAGAAAUGGUUGAUGCAUUUGAGAAAGCUUCUGGCAAGAAAAUUCCAUUGAAAUUGUGUCCAAGAAGGCCGGGAGAUGCUACGGAGGUUUAUGCAUCUACAGAGAAAGCUGAAAAAGAACUUGGUUGGACGGCCAAAUAUGGUGUAGAGGAGAUGUGCAGGGACCAGUGGAAUUGGGCAAAGAAUAACCCAUGGGGUUACUCGGGGAAGCCUUAAAUCAGCUUGUCAAAUAUAAUAUACCAAUAUUUUCAAUACAAAUAGGCCUCCCAUUGUUGAAGAAAACUUGAUGCCUUGUAAUUUGUUUAGGCGCUUGAUAAUCAAUCUUGAGAAUAAACUUUUGGCUUCUUUUUCAUACAUGAUAAAUGCUAGACAUUUGGUUAUACUACAA